AUGGCACAGUCCAGAGUCGGUCAGACCAAUGAAGCAGACGGAGAUCUCGGCAAAGAUAACCCAUUCGAAGACGCCUUUCGGGGACACGAGGCCAUUAGACCUCUUGAGCAGUAUUACUCGGAGUUUAAACGACAGUACGGGUAUCCCGAAGAGAAAAUGGAUAACCUCGCCUGCCCGGUACACAAAUGGCGCCCAGAACUCUACAGGUCCAUCACGAAUAGCUCCUGUCAAGGCUACGGGUUCAAGGCCGUUGGAUCGCUGAACGAGCACAUCAAGCGGUGUCAUAAGCCUGCUGAACUCGAAGACACGCCUAAAAAAAGGGGUGCCGCCAAAUCCGAUCUUCUCAGACUACUGGACAAGGAUGUUUAUCGUAAGUGGGAUGAGGCACCACCCAAAAGAAUCGGGGUAAAAUGCCCAGAGGACUACAACCGGCACGCCUGGUGGGACAUUUGUGUAGCCUUGGACCUUGUUAGCUCGAAACCCGAUCCACUUCCCGAGAAAGAUCACUUGGCUUUCCCUGGCCCCGGAUGGAGCGACUUACGUCUUUUCCUUGGUCACCUUAUUGGACGCGGUGUGGUCUUUGAGGUCACCUUCCCGAGGAGGCACAAUGCCGCGGAAGCACCUCGGCUGGAACUGCCAGAUAAUUCCAGGGACGAGAUCCCAGACUCCGCCGAGGGGUGGCUAGUUCCUCCUGGAUACAGAACUGCCGCAGAGGAGCUGAACCCCCGACCCGAUGAUGGCACGAAAUAUUCGCCAGGCGUCGGUCGAUUCGACUCGGCAUACCACUCAUAUGACGCUGACGGAGAUUUUAUGAGAGAAGUUUAUCCUCCCACCGGACCAGUUUCCGGUCAGCGACCAGCCCUGAACCUGGGAUGGAUUGAGGACUUUACCUCGACCAUGACCGGAGUGGGUGGAGUGGGCGGAGCACCACCGGCUUUGGAUGUGGCUAUUGACCCAAGGGUUUUGGUGUUGGAUCCAGUCCCGAUAGAUGAAGACAGCUUAUGGCAACCUUGA